CCAGUUCUAUAGAAAAAACAGCAGCAACGAGGUUGUGUUGAUGUGGUGGUGCACACAUGAAUGAACUUCCCCCGUUGGCAGGCUGUAGAUCCAAGCAGCAGGAAGGAAGGGAGAAUUCUGAGAGUUGAUUUUUACUAAUGGCGAGGCUUGUGGCCUAUUUCACCCUCCUCACCUCCGCACUUCAUGCAGGUCCAGUGAGGAGAAGACAAACCUGUCUGCAGGUCUGUGAUGCACCCCGGUGCCCGGUCCCGCCCCACGCCUGCUACUACGGACAGGUGAAGGACGGAUGCGGCUGCUGCGUGGUGUGCGCAGCCGGGGAGGGCGAGGCGUGCGGGGCCGGCCUCUCCUGCGGUGACGGGCUGCGGUGUGACUCUGGGCCUGGCUCGGGCGGGGUCCACAGCUCCUGCGUGUGUGCCUCCUCCGGGCCGGUGUGCGGCAGCGACGGCAGGACAUACCCCAGCACCUGUCGCCUGAGCGCCGAGAACAGGAGAGCCGAGUUCGAUGAGACCCCCCCGGUCGUUUUGGUCGGGAGGGGUCGGUGUGAUUCGGGAUUGCAGCAUCCAGGGAGUAUGCGCUACAAGUUCAACUUCAUUGCGGACGUUGUAGAUAAGAUUGUCCCGGCCGUGGUGCAUCUGGAGCUGUUCCAAAGAGGGCCGUUUUCAAGCGAGGACGUCUCUGUGUCGAGUGCCUCCGGGUUCGUGGUGUCAGAGGACGGCUGGAUCGUCACCAAUGCACACGUGCUCGCCAACAAGCGGAGGGUGAAAGUGGAGCUGAGAAGCGGCGCGCAGUACGACGCCACAGUCAAGGACGUGGACCAGAGGAUGGACAUCGCGCUCAUCAAAAUUGAACCAGAUUCGCCCCUGCCUGUGCUGCGUCUGGGCCAGUCCUCGGACCUGCGCCCCGGAGAGUUCGUGGUGGCGGUGGGGAGCCCGUUCUCCCUGCAGAGCACCGUCACCACGGGCAUCGUGAGCACCGCCCAGCGCCCCGGCCUGGAGCUCGGCCUCCAGGACUCCGACAUGGACUACAUCCAAACGGAUGCCAUGAUUAAUUACGGCAACUCCGGGGGACCGCUCGUCAACCUGGAUGGAGAUGUGAUCGGCAUCAACACUCUGAAAGUGGCGGCAGGAAUCUCUUUUGCCAUUCCCGUGGACAAAUUAUGUCAGUUCCUCACCGAGUCCCACAACCGACGAGUCCACGAAAAUGUGGCACCAAAGAGGAAAUACAUCGGCGUCCGGAUGCUGGCACUCUCACCACCCUUGAUCCAAGAGCUCAAGGAGCGCGAGGAUGACUUUCCGGACGUGAGCUCGGGGGUUUACGUUUUCCAGGUGCUACCUGGAGCAGCAGCAUCCAGCGCGGGCAUGAUCAGCCACGACGUCAUCACCGGCAUCGACGGGCGGCCCGUCCGCACCGUGGACGAGGUGAGCGACGCCGUCCGGACGGGCGCCGCGCUCUCGGUGGUGGUGAGGCGGAAGGACGGGGACGUCACGCUGAGGGUCACCCCCGAGGAGACGGACUGAAGGUCCACGCAUGUGAAUGUCAAAAACUGAGAAUAAAUUGUAGUCUCUCUUAACGUACCGGACUGACUGGUGGGAACGGCUGUUGCUGAUUUACAUUACUUUGUCUAUUCCGUGCUCACGACAAACCUCGAGUUCAAAAGAGACUGGAGGUGUUCGAGGCGUCAACAGAGCCGGUCGGACGGCCCGUCCACUUCCUGUUUAUUCUGCAAUCGGCCGCGGUUCACCUGGAGGCUAGACGGGGUAGUCGGCAAUGAAUUACAGUGAAUGGAGCUAAAUGGCAAAGAAACGUAUUUACACCUGCUUCUAGUCAGAUUCUAUGGUAUUCUUGACAGAUAUAGUAUCGAUUAUACAUCAGAAUUGAAAUGUCCUUAAGUUUCCCUUCCAGGGAGGGUUAUUUUUCCCAUAUUAUGCUAGAAUUCUGCCAAAGCUGAUUGGUCAGUGAAGGAAUCACGACGGGACUCCUUCCUCGAUGCUACAUGGAGAAUAAUGAAAGUGAAUGAAGUGGAAUGACGACCUAGAGGAAAGGAAGCAAUGCCAACAGCUCAAUCAGCAUAACUGUAACCAAAAUGGUGAAUGCCAUGUCAUUUGUGGCGCGUGACGUCAUAAAGACUCACAAAUGGAACUACAUGUUUCUACCCUUUAUAUCGAAAACAUAAAGAAUAUUGAGAUUUUUUCACGCGCCCGGUCGUUGUGGACUACCACGCCGUCGCCACCUACACAACCUAGAAGUUGUGAGAGAAGAAGUUCUCCCAAUAUUAAAUAUAAGAGAAUAUAAUUCCAUUUGUGUUUAAUUUGCAGUAAUAGUAUAUAAAAUUAAAUAAAUUCACAUUCAGGCGCUAUGAUUUCAGGUCAAAUAAGUGUAUGACUCAAAUCCUCCUCGAUCAUUUGAUUAUGUCCAAAAAUAUAAAAAUAAAAGUUCUUGCACGAGGCCUAUUGUUUCUGGAGGCU